ACUGCGCCGUCCGCUCAGUGCUUUGCAAAGCGCUAGUCCCCUUCAGUUACACCACCCACCUCUUCUCCUUUAUUCUACCCUGCUUUGCUUUACCAUGCAUAACAGCCUUGUUCCCCAUGUGCUCCUCUCUCUUCUCUGCAUCGGAUUGAGUGCCCAGACUGAGCUGGAGACGGAUGAGGUGGUCCCCCGGCUGCUGUCCGGGAAGGAGGCGCACCUGUCCUCCGAACACACCGUCCGCUCACUGCGGCGCCGCGGCCAGCGCUCCCUGCACGGCCGGGGGGGAGGACCCUCUGACCCGGAUCACAUCAUCCUGUCAGUGCCCGCUUUCGGACGGAGCCUCUAUUUAAAUCUGACGCGGGACAGCGAGUUUCUCUCCCGUGACUUCGUGGUGGAGGAGCGUCUUGGCGGGGAGCAGAGCCCAGCGGUCAGCAACCUGUCCCGGGAGCAGCUCUGCUUCUACACCGGCUCCAUCAUCAACCACACAGACUCCUUGGCGUCCCUCAGCACCUGUGGAGGCCUGACUGGGCUCAUCCAGAUUGGAGAGGAGCGCCUCUUCAUCGAGCCGCUGGGUGAACACCGACCCUCAGAGUCCUUCUCUGGACUGAAGCACCAGCUGCAGCGACACCGACGCUUCGCCACGCCCGGUUCAGCUCCCGAUGCUGACCCGCCAAACUUCUGUGGGACUUCACAAGGGAAGAAGAAGGAAAAUAUGUCCAAAGCGGGUGAGGAGGGUCGGGGGAAGAGGAACGCCAUCCGCCUGCAUGAAGCCUACACUGUGGAGACGGUGGUGGUGGCAGACUCCGACAUGGUGCAGUACCACGGAGCCGAGGCGGCGCAGAGGUUCCUGCUGACGGUCAUGAACAUGGUCUACAACAUGUUCCACCACCGGAGUCUGGGCAUCAGGAUCAACAUCAGAGUCACCAAGCUGGUGCUGCUCCACAGCCGCCCGGGGAAGCUGAAGGUGGGCCAUCAUGGAGAGAGGGCUCUGGAGAGCUUCUGUCACUGGCAGUAUCAGGAGUUUGGGGGGCCGCGAUACCUCGGCACCAACCAUGUUCCUGGAGGAAGGGACGACAUCCCCCCAGUGGACACUGCAGUGCUGGUCACCAGGACAGAUUUCUGCGUUCAUAAAGACGAGCCUUGUGAUACUGUGGGUAUUGCGUAUCUGGGGGGUGUCUGCAGUACCAAGAGGAAGUGUGUGUUAGCGGAGGACAAUGGACUCAACUUGGCCUUCACCAUCGCUCACGAGCUGGGACACAACAUGGGCAUGAGCCAUGAUGACGACCACGCCACCUGCACCGGUCACUCCCACAUCAUGUCUGGGGAGUGGGUGAAAGGAAGAAACCCCAGCGACCUGUCCUGGUCCUCCUGCAGCAGAGACGACCUGGAGAACUUCCUCAGCAGGUCCAAAGCCAGCGCCUGCCUCCUGCACACGGACCCCCGGAGCCGCUACCAAGUGAGACUUCCUCCCAAGCUGCCGGGUAUGCACUACAGUGUGGACGAGCAGUGCCAGAUCCUGUUUGGAACCAACGCCACCUUCUGCAAUGACAUGGAGCACCUGAUGUGUGCAGGCCUGUGGUGUUUAGUCGAGGGAGAUGCUUCCUGUAAGACCAAACUUGACCCUCCUCUUGAUGGAACAGAGUGUGGAGCAGACAAGUGGUGCAGGGCGGGCGAGUGUGUCAGUAAGACUCCCAUCCCUCAGCAUCUGGACGGCGACUGGAGUCCAUGGAGCCAGUGGAGCAUGUGCAGCAGGACCUGCGGUACUGGAGUCCAGUUCAGACAGAGGAAAUGUGACAACCCUCCGCCUGGUCCUGGGGGGCGACACUGUCAGAAGCUCAGUGUGGAGCACAAGGCCUGUGAACGUCCCCCCUGUCCCAAAGGAACCCCCACCUUCAGAGACCUGCAGUGUCUGUCCUACGACCGGCACGCCAGCAAGAAGAAGGGGAAUAUGCUGACUGCCAUUAUUAAUGAUGACAAACCCUGUGUGUUGUUCUGCAGCCCUGUGGGUCGAGAUGUCCCCGUCCUGGUGUCUGACAGAGUGAUGGACGGGACCCCCUGUGGGCCUUACGAAGCUGACCUGUGUGUGAACGGAAGGUGUCAGAAAAUCGGCUGUGAUGGCAUCAUCGGCUCUUCAGCUAAAGAGGACCGCUGCGGGGUUUGUAACGGUGACGGACGCUCCUGUAAGAUUGUGAGAGGAGACUUCAACCACACCAAGGGAAUGGUCCACACUAGGCAGUGUAAGAGGGUAUCUACCUGUGUGAUGGCUAAACCCAGAGCUGUGCCCAAGUGUUUCUCAUGCUACAUCGAGGCUGUGGUUAUCCCUGCAGGAGCCAGGAGGAUCAAAGUUGUUGAGGACAGACCCUCACACAGCUUCCUGGCACUGAAGGACUCCAGUCAGAGGUCCAUCAACAGCGACUGGAAGAUCGAGCUGCCCGGAGAGUUUGAGCUGGCGGGGACCACGGUGCGCUACGUCAGGAGGGGCCUUUGGGAGAAGAUGUCCGCCAAGGGACCCACAAAUAGCCCCCUACACCUGAUGGUGCUGCUCUUCCAUGACCAGAGUUAUGGGAUCCACUAUGAAUACACCAUGUCUCUGAACACAACGCAGGACAGGAGCAGUGAGGAGCACAAGGAGCCAGAGUACCUGUACAUCUGGACUCACAGCAGCUGGCAGGACUGCACGGUGCAGUGUGGAGGAGGUGAGAGGAGGACAGUGGUUUCCUGUAUGAGGAUAAUCAAUAAAACCAUGGAUGUGGUCAACGAUAGCUAUUGUCAGCCUGAGAACAGACCCCUCCCCCAAAUACGACUCUGCAACUCCCACCCCUGCCAGUACCGGUGGGUAACAGGGGAGUGGGGGUCCUGCUCCGUCACGUGUGGUCAAGGUCUCCAGCAGAGGGAGGUAGCGUGUGUGUACCACCUGCAGAAUGGAACCCUCUUCCACACCAGAGACCUGUUCUGCCAGGGAGGGAAGCCCCCUGUUGUGCAGGGCUGCGAGGGCCGCCUCUGCCUCACGGUGUGGGAGGCUUCAGAGUGGUCCCAGUGUUCCUCAGACUGUGGGCGAGGUGUUCACAGUCGCACAGUGACCUGCACUAACCCUCAGGGGGUCUGUGACCCUCAGUCCCAGCCCCCCCAUGAGGAACCCUGUGAGGACCACUCCAAAUGUUACGAGUGGAAGACCGGCGACUGGUCCAAGUGCUCGUCGUCCUGUGGGAAGGGCCUGCAGUCGCGAGUGGUCCAGUGUAUGCACAAAGUAACUGGUCGUCAUGGUAACGACUGUCCAGUGACGUUGAGACUACCCACCUACCGGCCCUGUCACCACGGCACUUGCAACGAAAAAAUCAAUGUGAACACAAUCACCUCCCCCAGGCUAGCUGCUCUGACCUAUAAGUGCAUGGGGGACCAGUGGACCGUGUACUGCCGAGUGAUCCGGGAGAAGAACCUGUGUCAGGACAUGAGGUGGUACCAGCGCUGCUGUGACACCUGUAGGGUCUACUAUGCAAAGAAAAUACUGCACAAGAGCUAAUGACUGAAUGCACCGACUUUCCUCUACGUAAUGCUCCUUUUUGUAAAUGUUUUUAAUAUUGAUAAAUGUAUAAAAACAAUUUCUAUUAUUGAUGGAACUUUUUGUAUUUAAAAAACAAAAUGGCAAGUACAUGUAAAUGUACAUUUUAAACGGGCUCAUAAGCUUCUAUAUUUAAUGAGACUUGAAAUUGUCCGAUUUUUCUCUUGCUGUACACCAAACAGAAUCUCGAGCGGGGAGCCUCUGAGAUGCCGGUCUAGACGGCUCACAUGCACAGUGAUUGAGCAUAAGCGCUGGAUCUGAUGGACAGGGACAGGUCUGUCAGGGCUCUCUUACUUUAUAAAUAUGCUCUCCAUUGUAUCUUUUACUCUGUUGUACUGUUUUAUAACUAAAUUUAGCAAUUUCAAAUGACUAGUAUUUUUAUAUGUAAGUCAAAAAACUAUACUUAAUUGUUAAUUAAGUAUAGUUUUGAUCAGGAGCCAUGGAUUACAGGAGUGGCAGGAGACCCACUGCUCCACAGGUCUGUGUAGGCCGUGGAUAGCUCAUGUAGCAGAGCAUGGUGCGAGCAUGAUACCCUGGAGGGGUGCAUUGCUUUCUUUCAGAUGCAGUCAAGUUUAAAUUAUUCUUGCCAACAAUAUUAUUGUCUGUUCGUCGAUGUAUUUACAUUCACCUCCUUAGAUCCACUGUGCACCUCAAAAAAGCAGCAUGAGCGGGGAGAAACAGCUGCUCUCAUUGGCUGAUUCACUGCUCAUCAUCCAUGGACAUGGUAUAGCCUGCUUCAAUCAGUUAAUAGCUUUGUUGUAAGCCGUGAACAGGGGGGGGUGGGGGGGGGGAGGGGGUUUGUUGUUAGCCUGUAGAGCUAGCAGGACCCACCAUGGCUGUUACACAUUCCCUUUUCAUUUCAAGCAUGUGCCUUCAGCAUUCAGACAGGAGCUCUUUACUCACAGCCAGUACUCUCACAACUAAAACUAAGUUGAUGUCAAAAUUAUAGAAAACCCUCAUCUCAAUGUUUUCACUGUUGGUUUUUUAAAUAUGCAAUAUAUGAUCAUUUGUCCACAUAACAUAUCAACAUCAUAUCUGAAAAAUAUUAUAUUAUAUUUGUCCUUUCAAACAUUCAUAUAAGGACCAAAUCCUGAUCACAUGUCCCAUCUGGAUAGUUAUUAUUGGUGGAAAUGCAUCUGGAGCUCUUUGGUAACGGAUUGAUCAACAGAAGAAGAGCUUCUGCACUUUAGCUACAACAAUAACAGUUAAGCUAGCCCACCAUUAUCCAUGAAUACAAAAACCUGGAUGAAACGUAUUUAUGAACUUUAUUUACUCACCCAUAGUUAUGCCCCCCAUGAUCUCCAGUCCCCCCCCACAUCUCACAUUCAGUAUAACAGUUUUGGCACAUAUGACAUGGGAUAUAGACACAUACAUCCACUUGAAAGUCAGUGUAAAAAAUAUUCUUUAUUGUUGUAUUUAAAGUCAAAUUUAAAGCCAAUGCACUGUGUAAAGACACAUUUCCUUCUGCCUGUACAUCACGGGUCAUCAACACAGUGAUACACAUACUACAUAUUUGUAAUAACCACUAUAUGUUAUUACCACUAUAAACAAUGUCCUGUCCUAAAGGCGUUGCUAUCAAUGGCAUCGCUCUGUGAUGACUCCCUUUAAAUAUUGAAACAGUGACUUCUUAAUAUCUGUCGCCAGCAGCUGCUUUUCAAAAUAAAAUAUCUUAUCCCUGCCCACCUUCACACAGUCCCGGAGCUCACAGGUGUCUGUGUGUGUGUGUGUGUGUGUGUAUGUGUAUGUGUGCGUCUGCGUGUGUGUGUGUGUGUGUGUGUGUGUUCACUAAGGGUUUAAUGGUGCUAUCUUUUGACCCGUUUCACUGUUGUGAAAUUCAGCUUAUUGUUAGUAACGGUCCUCUUGUCAAUGUUAACAGUUGUCUGAUUUAAUAUGUUGUAAGACUAUUUAAUAACGUUGCCAUUUAUUGUCAUUUCUUUUGUCCGAUGUAGUGCAAAUAUUAAUUAUUUCUGUACUGUACUUUUUGUUGCAAAUACAGUAUGUUUGGUAUGGACUGCCACUACAUGUAUUUAAUGGUGCCGGCCCUGGAUAAGUGGAUGAAAAUGGUCAGAUGUUUGGAACUAAGUUUAUAUGUUUAACAGCCAUGUCACCAUUUGUCUGCUGCAUUUGUAGUCAUCCACUUGAUGUCCAAUAUUCCUCACAUCAUUCUGAGCAGGAGCCUGAAUGGUAGGAUCCAAUCCUAUUGUAAUAAGUCUACUGUAAAGUGAUUCUUUGUUUUGUCACAUAAUAAAUGAUAUGAUCCACUAAGGUAUGUGGAGUUACC